AUGCCGGAGAAGCGCAAGCUCGAGGACACACUGACCUUGGACCUCGUCAUUGCCACGCGUGAGAACACGCAGAACCUCGGUUACUUUGUUGACGACACCGUCGUGAACCCUGGCUUGGGCAUCCCCUUCUACAAGACCGUGCUGGAGGGUGCCAACUACGAGCAUGCUGACUGGAAGGACCAGGCAUGCGUCCGCACUUCGCAGAUCAACUGGCGAGAGGAUCACAGUGUUUCCUGGCUUGAACGGCACAUGGAAAUGACCCAGGGCUUCAUCGUGAUCGGGAAGAACCCGGGGCUCUUUGUCCUGGGCGAGCCGACCCAUGACCGCGACGAUUUGGACGAAAAGGGCCGAGCGAAGCCUGACCCGGAUCGCGUCAGAGCUUACAUCAUCCCAGCAGGAAUGGGCUUGAUCUUGAAGAAGGGCACCUGGCACGACUUCCCAGUGUCUUGUGGACCACCUCUGUCUGCAUUCAUCAUCAACACAGAGGAGGUCGUAGAGGCCUUGGCGACUAUGCCAAAGCCAGCGCCCAUGAACCACGGCGAUUGCUUCAAGCUUCGCCUUUCGGAGCACUUUGACUUCACGAUCAAGUUCCCUGAUCCCCGCCCUUUCGUUCAAAGACAUGGCCUGGUGCCUAGCCCCGUGGCCAUGCCUUUGAUGGGCAAGGAGGGCUAUGGCACCGACAUGGUGCGACAAGAGGUGAAGCCUGGAUGGGCUGGUGGCAAGAAGGUCUUCGUAGUUCCCGUGGUGAACGUGGAGGUCUUUGUCCCUGGCAGCGGAGGACCGUCCAUCCAGCCCCAUUUGCAGUCGAUUCCGGAGGUUGCCAACCGAGGCUGGCGGGAUUACGGCAAUCGCCGCGGCCUGCAGCGGCUCUGCGCCAUGUUCAAGGAGCUUGGGAUCCCGGCGACGGCCGUGGUCAACAGUGAGGCAGCCAAACUGGAGCACGUGGCCAAGGCGCUGAAGGAGUCGGGCUGGGAGCUCGGUGCACAUGGUCUGAACAACUCCUCGGGUGCCGCCAAGCUUAGCAGGGGUGAGGAGGAGGCGUAUUUCAAGCAGACCCUGGACGACCUUCAACAAAGCCUGGGCGCCAGGCCCAAGACCUGGCUGACUCCAGGCUUUUCCGUCACGGAGCGCACACCGGAAAUAGCUGUGCAGUCUGGCAUUGAGGCGUUUCUGGACUUUGUGGACGACGACGUGCCGUACUACCUCUCGCACGAGAGUGGGAAGCGCACGCUAUGCCUGCCCUACUGCAUGGAGACCAACGACUUCUCUUGCGUUUUGACAAAGCACUUUGAUGGCCGGCAGUAUGCCCAAGCCAUUGAGGACCACGUCCGCCAGCUGGCCAAGGAAGACGGAGAGAAGGUGGUGUGCUUGGGCAUGCACACGUUCGUGGCCGGAACACCUGGGCGAGUGCUCGCCCUCACGGAGGCGCUCGGGCGCCUUCAGCAAGUCCCGGGCGUUUGCUUUGCCACCACAGCCGAUGUCUGUGUGGCCAUUCAGAAGAGAAUGCCUGAGCGGAUGAACCGGGACUGUACUCGGAAGUGGACGUCGAAAUCCAUGACUGCUUGA